AUGGCUGCCGUGGCCGUCCUCCGGAACGACUCUCUGCAGGCCUUCCUCCAGGACCGCACCCCCAGCGCCUCCCCGGACCUGGGCAAGCACUCGCCCCUGGCGCUGCUAGCCGCCACCUGUAGCCGCAUCGGCCAGCCCGGAGCCGCUGCGCCCCCGGACUUCCUGCAGGUGCCCUACGACCCAGCGCUGGGCUCGCCCUCCCGGCUCUUUCACCCUUGGACCGCAGACAUGCCGGCGCACUCCCCGGGAGCGCUGCCGCCCCCGCACCCGAGCCUGGGCCUGACGCCGCAGAAAACGCACCUGCAGCCGUCCUUCGGGGCGGCGCACGAGCUGCCGCUCACACCCCCUGCCGACCCCUCGUAUCCUUACGAAUUCUCACCCGUCAAGAUGCUGCCCUCGAGCAUGGCGGCCCUCCCCGCCAGCUGCGCGCCUGCCUACGUGCCCUACCCCGCACAGGCCGCGCUGCCUCCGGGCUACUCCAACUUGCUGCCCCCACCGCCCCCGCCGCCGCCCACGUGCCGCCAGCUGUCCCCCAACCCGGCCCCCGACGACCUCCCUUGGUGGAGUAUCCCGCAGGCGGGCACCGGUCCGGGGACCUCCGGGGUUCCGGGGGGCAGCCUCUCCGGCACCUGUGCCGGGGGCCCUCACGCACCCCGCUUCCCUGCCUCGGCGGCCGCAGCGGCCGCUGCAGCCGCCGCGGCUCUGCAGCGGGGCCUGGUGUUGGGCCCGUCGGACUUUGCGCAGUACCAGAGUCAGAUCGCCGCGCUGUUGCAGACCAAGGCCCCCCUGGCGGCCACGGCCAGGAGGUGCCGCCGCUGCCGCUGCCCUAACUGCCAGGCGGCGGGCGGCGCCCCGGAGGCAGAGCCGGGCAAGAAGAAGCAGCACGUGUGCCACGUGCCGGGCUGCGGCAAGGUGUACGGCAAGACGUCGCACCUGAAGGCGCACCUGCGCUGGCACACGGGCGAGCGGCCCUUCGUGUGCAACUGGCUCUUCUGCGGCAAGAGCUUCACGCGCUCGGACGAGCUGCAGCGGCACCUGCGGACUCACACCGGCGAGAAGCGCUUCGCCUGCCCGGAGUGCGGCAAGCGCUUCAUGCGCAGCGACCACCUUGCUAAGCACGUCAAGACGCACCAGAAUAAGAAGCUUAAAGUUGCUGAGGCCGGGGUCAAACGGGAAGACCCGCGGGACCUGUGAGCCUACCCCGGGGCGAUUCGAGGCCUCUUCCGCCUCGGAUUCCCGUCCCAACACCUCUUCGGGGAGGUUCCGGGGUUCUGUGGGCACCUGGCCGAGGGAGGACCCAACAGGCACUGGCGUCUUCCUGCUGCCCAUCUCCCAAAACGACGCCAGGCUUCCAGCUUCCCUGGCCCGGCUGCGGACAGGGACCCAGUGCCCAGGAGAAGCAGGGGAGGUAGGGUUGGGAGCUCCGCGUCACGCAAGGGUGGUUUCAAGCUCUGAACCAUUCCCACCGUCUGGGAGAGCUACAUCUUGGUGGAACCAUACUGGGCCGGCCUUGUAUAUAGGAAACACUGCUGAAUUAAAGCAGAAGGACCUUGGGAGAUUUUAAAUAGUGCUCGGUUUUUGUUUUUUGGUUUCUUGUUUUUUUCCCUAGGAUCGGCCGGGCUUUGUACAGGUUAUUUAAAUAGCUUUGUUAAAGAAUAAUUAUUAUAAUUAUAACAUUAAUAAAAAUGUUACUUUUGUCCUCAGCUCCAUGCAGAGCUACAGCAUGAAAUGUAUCUCUGUAAAACAAUCAGCAGUUGCAGCGUGAAAAUAAAUACGUUAACUCCGAGGUCACCUCGAGACCCGGAUGAGGCAGUCUCAUUGGAUCUUUUCGUCUUUCGGGAGGCUUUAUAAAGCG